AUGUCUGUGCCCCAGAUCCAGGUGGACGAGGUGGGGGGUGAAGAGGGGCCAGCAGCAGCGGCCGCACCUCCCGACGACCACCUCCGGAGCCUGAAGGCCCUCACUGAGAAACUGAGGCUGGAGACCCGCAGGCCCUCCUACCUGGAGUGGCAGGCCAGGCUGGAGGAGCAGAUGUGGCCCUUCCAGACGCCAGCUGCAGCUGCGGAGCAGGAGGCGAGCUCGGAGCAGGGGCAGCGUGGCAGGGAGGAGCCCCUGCUCCCUCGGAGAGAGCCCAGGCGGCAUCCCCCACCGGCCGGGAGCACCAGCCCGGGCGCCGGGCCCCUGUCCCCUGGCAAGCUGGAAGGCUUCCAGAGUAUCGAUGAAGCUAUAGCCUGGCUCAGGAAGGAACUGACACAUCAGAUGUUCCCGGCAGCGGGGCCGUGA